UUUGAACGUGGAUCAUGAUUCUGCUACAUUUUCUAUCUCUCCUCUAUGCCUUCUUCCACCUAUCUCUUUUGGUGAGAGCAUCAGCAUUAACGACUGCCAUAUCUGCAAACGAAAGACUUUGUUUCUAUGCCGAUGUCGACAAGACAGGAGAAAAGAUUGGCUUUUACUUUGCAGUACAAUCUGGAGGCUCGUUUGACAUCGACUUCGACAUUAAAGACCCUAACGACAAAGUAAUACUCGACGGCACUCGUGAGCGCCAAGGAGACUAUGUCCUAACAGCGAACACCGUCGGAGAAUACUCGUUCUGCUUCGAAAACGAUAUGUCGACGCUCACGGAAAAGUUGGUCGACUUUGAUAUUAUGGUGGAGACCGAACCCCGGAGGGAAGCCCCUGCGAAGGCAGGCCAGGUUUCUGACCACACUAGUGCUCUAGAAGAGAGCAUUUUUAGACUAAACGGAAACCUUUUGAACAUCAAACGAACACAAAAAUAUUUCCACACUCGAGAAAACAGAGGUUUUUCCCUGGUGAAGUCGACCCAAAGUCGUCUGUUUUGGUAUGCCGUCUUCGAAAGCUUGGGGGUCAUUGGUAUGGCGGUGCUCCAAGUCUAUAUUCUCCAAACUUUUUUCACGAAGACUGGCCGGCGAUACAAGGUUUAAAUAGUCACUGUUGUAUUACUGGAGAGCUGUUAAUGGACAUGGUAUACCAUAAUUUUUCUGUCACGACACGAAAGGUGUCCUUGAAUGUAUCGCUAUAAUUGACUUGGCGUACUUUAACGGUGGUCUGAGAAAACCGAUUUUUUCAGCCUCACCAUAGUGGACUGACCGUCCACUAUAGUUGGGCGCCUCAGGUGGCUCUAAAGCAGUCUCCACCAGGAAGUCACAUAGCACGCACAACACACAUGGUUGACAGCUUUUGUCUAGUAGCACCUCAACGUCUUUCAUUGUUGGGUCUACGGUGAAGAUGUUGAAAGGAUCUUUACUGUC